AUCAUCCCUUUUAAUAAUAAUUUUUUAUAGCAAAUUAGUAGUGUUUUUGAUAAUUGUUUGCACUAAAUAUUUUCAUGUUAAUUGGUAUCUUUGAUUAUUCAAAAGAUAUAUAAAUCUACUACGAUAUUCGUGCGCUAUAAUGUUACUUAUUAAAAGAUUAUUGUAAGAUUAUUUAUUAUUGAUAAAAUGCAAUUGUAAAGUUGUGCAAUGUACUGAAGUAAUUUAAAUUAUGCACAUAUUUAACACAUAUAUGCAUGAUUCACAAAUUAUCACGUAUCAAGAUAUAUUAUAUAAUAAUUUUAUUAAAAAUUUUUCUUAAAACUAGUUUUAAUAAAAACAUCACGGAUCGGUCACUUAAAGAAAUUCUCGAUUUGCUCUCGAAAUUGGGUGACCUCUACAUCGCUAAUUUUGACAGAGAUUCAAGUAAUGACAUGGAACUAGACCAACUUUUAAUGAAAUAUUACAAAGAGUCUUACAAUAUAAUUGAAAUAAUGAAAAAUCUAUCACCGAACUGUUCGGCAAUGCUAUUGAAAUGUAAGCUACAUGGGACCUCCAGAAACUGUUCAACCCUUUUUGAGUUUCGAAGAACGCAGGAUGGAUACUGUUGCGUUUUUAAUUACAUGCGUGAAAGCGAUGACAUUCCCAUAAUAGAUUUGUCAGACAUAAUAACAGAAACAAAUUAUAUACACAAAGUAACAGAUCUUGGAAUAGAACGCGGUUUAACGGUUGUGAUGGAGUCAUUUGUGGAAGAUUAUUUUUAUUCAAUAAUGCCUAUUCGAGGUUGGAAGAUAAUUGUGUUUAAUCCUACUGAUUAUCCAGAUAUGACUAGCGGAGGUGUUACGGAAGUAUUUGCAAUGCCUCUUACCGAAACGUACGUCGAUGUGACUCCGACAGCUUUCUUUAGUACUAAUAUUGUUAAGGGAUUUACCAAAGAGAAACGCAACUGCCUUUUUAAAACGGAGACGGAGACGGACCCACAGUUUAACGGUGCGAUUUACACUUACAGUGACUGUAUCGUCAAUUGUAAGAUUCAACACAUACAGAAAAUUUGCGGAUGCAGACCGUUUAUUUAUCCACGUCGUGGGAUAGAAGAAAAUUCAUGGCGUAUUUGUACUACCCUGGAUGUAAAUUGCUUGGCUAAGCACAAAUCUCUAUGGAUGACGAUUUAUCCUCACGAGUCUCCUGAAGAUAUCUACAUAAAAGAAAAGGCUUUGCACUGUCAUAAUUGUUAUCCUGCUUGCGAUGACAUUAAAUAUGAGGUAUUGAGUUGGAAGAGUUACAUGUCUGCCGGUGGAUAUAAUACUAACUUAUUAUGGGAUUUCAAUGUUACGGAUCAAGGGAUAUUGCAUGUAUUUUUCUCGAAGUACGGCACAAUCAGACUGAAACAAGAUGUGGCUUCUUAUUGGUACGAACUUAUGAGCGAUAUCGGCGGUAUAUGCGGCGUCUUCAUCGGCUUCAGUUUCAUCACUGCAGUGGAACUUCUAUACUUCUUUGCCCUCAUGUUUCGCGAUUUGAUUUAUAAAAAGUCAGUCUUGGAUGAAGACGAUCGCAAGGAUGAAAUCCCGUCAGUUCAAACUCAAACCGCACAAACAAUUUAUUGGAACGAACUGGUACCACGAUCUUGGAGAUCAGCGAAAUAUGGCAAAUUUUCUGUCAACAAAGCUAGAUAUUGAAGCUGAAUUAUUAGGAAUUUUAUUUAAAAAAAUUUCUAAUUGAAAUGAUUCCAUUUUUUGUCAGUUAUUUUAUUGUAAAUACUUAAAUACCAUUCAAA